AUGUCGCGUACCACGACGAUGUGCAUGUGCGUCUGUGGGUGGUGGCCCUCCAUCUUGUCGCUUCUGGCUUUAUUCUGGCGUGCCCCUCUCCCUCGAUGGGGGAACAGCUCUGCUCCUCGCUGUCAUUGCCUGGUAGUGUGCACUGCCUUCCUGGUUGUUCCGCGCGUUUUGCGUCCCACACAUUGCGACGGAGAGAACAAGCGCCAUUCCACCACUCCGCACAUCGAAAAGUUUGAAAGGGCCAAUAUGUUCCGACGUCUGCCGUGCAUUUCUGCGGUGCUGCUCCUCCUGUGCGCCUUUAUGUGCUGCAGCCCUCAAUCUGUACGCGCCGAUGAGACAAGUACGCCACCGAAGGAAAUUAAUCUAUUUAAGGGAACGGAAAAGAUUUCCUCCGCCGUUUGGGAAGAAAUGGCAGACAAGAACCGUGAAGAAGUCGAGUCAUUGCAUUCUCCCGCUCUUGUAAGCGUCCGUGGUGAUGUAUUUGUCGUGGCUGGGGCGCGGCUGAAGAGUGAUGGAGCUGGCAGCCGCAUUGUAGUUGCGUCCAAACAUCUGGAGAAAGGCGGUGAUGACGCAACGGAGAUCUCUCUGGAAGCUGCAACUGUCACCUACGCACAACUUGUACAUGAAAAUGACAAGGCUGCUUUCAGGGCAAUUGACACCCCACAGCCAGCGGUACUUUCAGUUGGCGGCGAUAUCUACAUGCUACUGGGAAAAUGCAGCUUUGCACCGUCUGAGGAUCAACGCGCCGAUGCACAACACUGGGAUCUUGUACUGGUGAAGGGAACUGUCACUGAGGAUGCUGAUGAGAAGAAAAUCACGUGGGUUGAGACCCAUGCAGUGAAUACGUCAUCGAUGGUACUUCCUGGCCCCUUCACGAACGUGACUGUGGCCGGAGGAUCGGGUGUUGUGAUGCGGAAAGGUGUGCUCGUGUUUCCCUUGCAGGCCGUCCAAGAAAACGGAGUGAGUGUCUUGCUUUCCAUGCGCCUUGUCGAGUCAAAGGGUAAGUGGGUAUUCUCACAGCAAGCGACUGGUGAAGGCUGCAAAGACCCAUCCAUUGUGGAGUGGAACGACGAUAGGCUCAUCAUGCUCGCUCCUUGCGCGGCUGGCCACUACUUGGUGGAACUCUCCACUUUUAAUGGAGUGGCUUGGUUUGAAUGGGGUGAGCCGAUUACCCACGUGUGGGGCACCUCGCGGGAUCGACAGGGGGGAGGCGGCGUUCGCCGGGGCCUCGCCUCUGCAACCGUCGAAGGCAGGAAGGUGAUGCUCCUGGCGAUGCCGGUGUAUCCUAAAGAGGGAGGGUCAGGAAACGGUCCGCUGCAUCUUUGGCUGACCGACAAUCUCCGCGUGUACGAUGUCGGUCCGGUCUCCGAUGCCGAGGAUGACGCUGCCGCCAGCUCCCUGCUGUACAAGAACGACAAGCAGGGGGGGGAGGAGCUGAUUUUACUAUACGAAAAGAAGACUGAAGGUUCAAACAGCCUUGCUUAUGUGCGCCUGACGGAUAAACUGCAGCAGGUAAGUGAUGUGGUGAGGAAGUGGAAUGCAUUGGACAACGCCUUGGGGGAAUGUGCUUUUACUGACCAAGACGAGUUGCCGAGUAAUGCGAUGUGUAGGGGUCCUGUUAUCACCGACGGGCUGGUCGGCGUUUUCUCUGGAAAAUCAACUGACAGCGUGUGGAUGGACGAAUACCUCUGCAUUAAUGCCACAGUGGCGAAGGGCCAGAAGACGGAGAAUGUUUCCAAUGGCUUGACGUUUCAGGGAGCUGGUGCAGGAGCAGAGUGGCCUGUGGGGAAAGCAGGGGCCAAUCAGCCGUACUACUUUUUAAACAUCGAGUUCACUCUUGUGGCCACGGUGACCAUCCACGCGGUGCCGAAGGAAGACACUCCUCUGCUGGGGUUGAGGUUGAAUGACGCAGCCAACACUGUCUUCUUUGACCUCUCUUACACGAGCGACAGGAAGUGGAAAACCCGUGCUUGCCGUUCGCGGCCUAAGGAGCACCAUCAGACUUGGAAAACAAACCGAACAUACCAGAUUGUGGUGCGAAAGGCAGGGAUUGAGUGGGAUGUGCAGGUUGAUGGGUAUGAGAUUUACCAAAGGGAUGUGAGCCGUUGCACGCUGCUUGACGAACACAAGUUUUCUCACCUCUACAUCGGCGGGGACAAGGAUAAACAGGCAAAUGGCACAAACGUGACUGUGACCAACAUUUUUUUCUACAGCCGCAAGUUGUUUUACGCUGAGGUUGAUGAGCUGACGAAGACCAAAGUCACUAUUCCGGUGUCGGGUGUGGAGGAGCCGGAGGAUCCCAUGCUGCGGCCCGGCGGUGUUGCUGCGGGUGGUCUUGGAGACGGCGCCAGAGGCAACGCAAUGAACGCACCACCACCCGUGGAACGGCAGAAUGGGGCUCAAGUUGGUGACGGUGCCGGCGCUUUUCAACCCGACGCCGCCGUUGAUGGCGAUGCUGAUGAACCGCCACUCCCGGAAGGCGACCGGAUCCAAGGGCCAGAAGAGCGGCCUCUCCAAGAAGAGGAGGAAGGGCCAGUCGAAGAAGCGGGGGCAGAGCCGGGCCCGGAAGAAGAAGAGCGUCUGGUCGAAGAGGCGGGGGAGGAAGUACCGCAGCCAAACCAAGAAGCGGGGGCAGAGCCGGGCCCGGAAGAAGAAGUUCAUCUGGUCGAAGAGGCGGGGGAGGAAGUACCGCAUGGUGACAGCACCGUGCGUGAGAGUGCGUCUCGGGCAUGGAUGCUUGUUUUCGCGAUGUGUGGAAUUGUGUUUCUCUUCUCAGCCGGCUAA